AUGCAGUCUCUACAUGUUCUGUCUCUGACUCUGCUGUCUGUGCUGGCAGUCAAUGCGCUGUCCUUCCGGGCAGGAGGAUGUCUUAAGCCUGCUGUUCAGGCCAACUUUGAUCCUACUAGGUAUGUGGGCAGAUGGUAUGAGAUCCAGAAGCUUCCUGCACCCUACCAGUUAGGAGAGUGCACUCAGGCUACUUACACACUGAGCGACGGCAUUGUCCUGGUCCUCAAUGAGGAACUUCUGGCUGAUGGUACAAUCAACUCUAUUGAGGGCACAGCCCAGAUCGUAGAUGCAUCUGAGCCUGCCAAGCUGGAGGUUCUCUUUCCAGGAUCUCCUCCUGCCCCUUACUGGGUGCUUGCAACCGAUUACGACAACUAUAGCUUGGUUUAUGGUUGUGCCGAUUUCGGUGUCUUCCAUUUGGACUUUGCCUGGAUCCUGAGCAGGUCCCGCACACUUCCCAAAGAGACCAUUUCUGAACUUCAAGGCAUCCUCAAGUCCAGCGGUGUCAACGUUGAAAAGCUCACCGUGACUGACCAGAGACCAGAGCUAUGCAGCGGCAUGCCUUGA